AUGGAAAACGUGGAAACAAUUGAUAUUGCUCGGCUGGAGGAGGCAGUGGUUGUUUUUUACCGAUCCAACUCGCAGGACCAGGCAAUUACACACGAAUGGCUGACGAAGGCCGAGGCCAGCCCACAGGCUUGGCAGUUCGCCUGGCAGCUCAUGCAGUUGGGCAAGAGUCAAGAAGUGCAAUUUUUUGGCGCAAUAACAUUACACUCGAAGUUAAUGAAAUAUUGGCACGAAGUGCCGGCCCAAAAUCGUGAAGAGUUGAAACAAAAGAUCUUGGAGACAAUUGUGCAAUUCGCCGCUGGCCCUAAAUUAGUGCUUAACCGGCUAUGUCUAUCGUUAAGCGCCUAUAUAGUACAUAUGCUGGAGGAGUGGCCCUGCGCCAUCGAAGAAGUGAUUGAGACGUUCCAAAGUCAACGUAUGCCGAAUGUUAGUCCCGAUGCUCAGCUAUGGAUUAUGUUGGAGGUGCUGCUGGGGAUACCGGAGGAGGCACAGGUGAUUCACACAUCCGUAAAGAGGGUUACGUUGCGAGGCGAGAUUGGAAAACGUGUUCCGCUCGUGCUGCAGACAAUUGAAUCCUUUCUGAAGCAGCAAAUGGGGAAUGAGUGGGACACCGAAGCUUACAGCAACAUGACGCGGGCGGUGAAGUGCGUAAACGUGUGGAUCAGAAAUAUUGGCUACUGUAUUGAAGGCUGCGUCAGCAUCUGUGCCGUUCUGCUUGAAGUGGUGAAGAAGUGCUACUGGCCAUGCAUUCGUUCGGGCGUUGGCUGCAUGUCCGCUGACGAGAACGAGCUCGCUGAAACUUGCCUCAGUGCAAUGGUCAGCAUUAUAGUUCAGCCCGAUUGUCACAACUAUCCAAAGACGGCGGCAGUGCUGAUCAAGAUGUUCUUAGACUCAUUGUGCGACAUUACACGAGUGGAAUGGAAGCGCGACAAUGACAAUGAGGACAUCAUUGUGCACAUCUACAUGCUGUUUGUGGCCGCUGUAGAGCGACACUCGGGACUAUUCCUGAGCGGCAUUACGACCACAGAUCCAGAGCUAUCCGAAAUAUGGAGUCGCAUGGUACACGAGAUAUUGCAAUGUACAGACAAACCGGGUAUUUAUCCCGUUGAAGAAUCAUGCAGCACAAUGGCAUUGGCCUUUUGGUAUAUGCUGCAGGGCGAUGUCUUUGCCAUGCCCGACGAGCAGAAGCACAAAUGUUGGGAGCAUAUAAAACCACUAUACGCACACUUGACCACCGUGUUGGUUCGCAAGUCAGAGCAGCCCGACGAGAGCUCUAUUGAUAAAUGGAACUCGGACGAUCUGGAAUGCUUUCGCUGCUAUCGGCAGGAUAUAUCCGAUACCUUUAUGUAUUGCUAUGACGUAUUGGGAGAUUAUAUUUUAGAGAUAUUAGCUGCUAUGUUAGACGAGGCCAUUGUCGAGCUACAAGCACAUCCCACCCACUGGACAAAGCUCGAGGCUUGCAUAUAUUCGUUUCAAUCGGUGGCCGAGCACUUUGGGGGUGAGGAGUCUCGACAGAUACCCAAGCUAAUGCGCGUGCUCUCAGAUAUACCGUAUGAAAAGCUUAACGAGAAACUUUUGGGCACUGCGCUCGAGACGAUUGGGUCCUAUUGCACUUGGUUAAUGGAUAAUCCGUCUUAUAUACCACCGGCUAUUGAUCUGCUAGUGCGCGGUCUCAACUCUACGAUGUCGGCACAGGCUACGCUGGGUCUCAAGGAACUGUGCCGCGAUUGUCAAAUGCAAUUGAAGCCGUAUGCUGAACCACUGCUUGAUGCUUGUCAAGCUACGCUCGUAACAGGUCGCAUGAAAAAUUCGGACUCAGUGCGUUUAAUGUUUAGCAUUGGAAAGUUGAUGAGUUUGUUGCCACCGGAAAAGAUACCAAAAUACCUGGAUAUUAUAGUCAGUCCCUGCUUCGAAGAACUGCAGAGCAUUUGCCAGGCGGGCAGCACAACUCCAGCAGCACGUAUACGGACUAUUUUUCGCCUCAACAUGAUAUCCACACUGUUUUCGUCACUUAACACUGAUCUGGAUGAUGAGCUCAAAGAUGCGCACAAUGUGCAGCCAGUACUCUUAGUUAUGGAAAAGACAAUGCCAAUAUUUCGACGAAUCGCCGAAGUGUGGGUGGAGGAAAUAGAUGUGCUAGAGGCUGCAUGCAGCGCCUUGAAACAUGCCAUUGUUAAUUUGAGAAGCAGCUUCAAGCCAAUGUUGCAGGACUUAUGCUAUUUCAUUGUUGCAAGCUUUCAAACUCGCUGCUGUGCACCCACCUUGGAGAUUUCUAAAACGGCCAUUGUCAUAUUUUUCUGGGAGGAGAAUUGUAGACCGAUGAUGCAGCAGCUGCUUUUAGAGUUUAUCCAGCAUAGCUUCAAACUCUUUGAGAACACGCCCCAACAAAACUUUUCAAAUAUCUCGGACACCAUGGAAAUGUUUUUCUCCUGUUUAACACAAAUUGUUAAGAAGGUGCCACAGGUGCUGGAGGACAAAACUAUCGCGUACGAUCGCCUAAUUUAUUAUGCACAACGUGCCAUGUUAUUGCCAGAGAAUGGACCCAUCCGGGCUAGUACGCAAUUUGUAACUCAGUUCGUAAUGCAAUCGAGGAAUCAUGCCCACAUGACCGAAGUGAUGCUGGCCUCCGGUGAGCAGAUCCUACAAACUGCAAUGAUUUGUGUGGGCUACAUGACACCGCGACAGCAAGUUGAAAAAUUUGCCGAUGUAUUUCUGUCCAUUAACAAAAAGUAUCCAGCUGAAAUGGCCGUCUGGCUAAAGAAUGUAAUGUCUGUACCCAAUUUUCCCACUGAACUCAUUAGCGAGUCUGAAAAGUUACGUUACGUUUCACUAAUUAUCAAAAUAAAAGUUAACAAACGAUUACUGCAGCAACACCUUGGAGAGUUGGCCGUUAAGACGCGCGGCCUCGUCCCAAUUCAAUCCCCAGUUAAUUAGAAAACUUUAUUGUGAACUUCGUGGCCAAAACUCUUAUUUUUUAUAGCCCAUCUUUAUUUUGCUAUUAGUUAUUAAUUGUAAUUAAGACGCUCUGUGAAUGUUCCUUGCGAUUAAGUUGUAAUUUCUUAUUGAUGUCAUUCGUCUCGAACAAGCAAAAUUUGAGAGUA